AAGCAACUUUUUGACAUUUUUCUGGUUUUACGAAAAGUUAUUCCACGGAAGGAUAGCUCAGAAAUUGCGGAAGAAUUUCUCACAUGAAGAUGAUGAAAUGAAUUUUCAUAAGUUUUAUUGAAAAAAGUCAAUUAAAAUGAAGGGAGAUAUUUUUCUGGUGACUUUUGUUUUAUUUCUGUGUUAUUUUUCCGUUGAUGGUAGUGGAUAUUUAAAAAAUCCAGCAUCCCGUAAUUCUAUAUGGAGAUACUUUGGAGCUGCAUCAUUUGCUAACAAUAUUAUUGCGAACCACGAUGACAUGAACGUAAACUGUGGAGGUACCUUUGUUAAAGAUCACAAUGACCUAUCACAGAAAUGCGGAAUAUGUGGAGACCCUAAAAAUGGACCGCUUGACCACGAAGACCCGUCAAAAUACGCAAAAGGAUAUAUAACUCAGGUAUACCACGAAGGCACCACCAUCAAUGUUACAGUAACCGUCACAGGAAAGAAAGAAGGUGGCUUCUUCAUGCUGGACCUCUGCUGUCCAGCGGGCAACAGUCCAGUUACAGAGCAAUGUUUUCAACGUCUUAUAUUUAAGGAUACUAAUUCCAAUACACUUCCAAUCAACAACUUCGAAGGGGAUGGAUCAUUCGAAGUAAUACUUCCACCUGGAGUGACCGGUGACCGUUGUGUAAUGCGUUGGAUUUGGAUUACAGCCAACGAAUACAGUUGCGACCCGACAGGACUUUGCGGAGUGGGAUACUGGGAGCAACCAGCUUUUGUAAACUGCGCAGAUGUCAUCGUUUUGGCUACUGGAGCACCAAUACCACCAGAUUUCGAAUAUCCUGAUUACACAUCGACCUACAGUUCAAUCAAUGGAGGCGGUGAUAAUGGAACUUCGUCAACAUCAGCGACACCGGUCCCAACUGACCUGUCAAGUGUCCCAAUUGGAGGCUCGACAACACCAGUUGCCACUACUACAAUGUCCCCGACUACUUCCAACGGAAUAUCAAUCGUUACCGUCGACCCAACAGGCGUAACGGGGACUACUGAUACACCACCAAGCACCCAAAGUCCUAUUAUUGGCCCAGUUGGUCCAGUAAUUGCCUCAUCUGGGUUAGGUCUUCCAAGUUUGGGAUUUUUCGCACCGUUUUUACCAUUUGGGUUGCCGGUUUUGGCAAAGUUUGGUUUUGGAUGGUGGGCAAAUAGACAGGCAGGAGGUGUUGCACCGCGUAUUAACAUCCCACCGCCCCCUGGUCCAAUUGUAUAUGAACCAAUGCCGCUCUUUGGAGGUCCUUCCUACGUUCCGGCACCUGUUCCGGUUUCUAAACAUUACAAGUCUUAUGGGAAAUCAGAAAGCGUACAUGGAUAUGGAAACAAUUAUAAUAGUUAUAAUGGUAACUAUGACAACAACAAUUACGGAAACAACCGUAACAGUUAUGGUAGCAGUUAUGGUAGAGGCAACUAUAAAAAAUAGAAAAAGUAAAAAUAUGGUAUAAAUGAUAUAACCAUAUUCUUCUCUAACAGUCGUUAGAAUACUAGGUAUAUCAAAAACAGGGAAUGAGGUUUGAUAUUUUAUUCAUGCAAUGUGUUAAUUGAAAUCUUAUGUUUUUAUAUUAAAUUUUGUAGUAUAAUUAAUGAUGUGACAAAAAAAUACCAUAUUUAAGAUGCCAAGGCUGCUUGGAGUUUUUAAAAUUAUUCUUUUUGCAUUAUGCAUAUGCCACGUUUGGUUUUCAAUACUUUGCUGAAAAAUGACCAUGCACUUCCUCUCUGCUGCUCCUAAAUAAGAAAAGGAUGCUUAUACUUGUUUGUUAUUGUAUAUAGGGUAAUAAAGAGAUUAUACAAAUUG